AUGUGGUGGCUUGCAGCACUUCUAGUUUUUCCUAGUCUUUCUCAGACAGCUUCUCACCAAGAGCAUGUACCGGUGGAAGUUCAAACGAAAUUGGGAAAAAUUCGAGGACAAGAAUCAAUUUUUCUUCAUAAACGUGUUCGGUCUUUCUUAAGUGUUCCCUUUGCUGAGCCACCAGUUGGAGAAGGGCGAUUCCGUCCACCUCGUCCAAAAAAACCUUGGAAUGAAACAGUCAUUGCGGAUGACUAUUCACCAGCAUGUUAUCAAGGCCGAGAUAUGUAUAACUCUUCCUUCUGGGGAUCAGAAAUGUGGAAUCACAACACUCCCGUAAGCGAGGAUUGUCUCUAUUUGAAUAUCUGGGCUCCUGCUGAAGCAUAUAACUUAACCGUUAUGGUUUGGCUUUUCGGUGGCGGUUUCUACUCCGGAAGUCCUUCACUCAUCUUAUAUGAUGGAAAGGCUCUUGCUUUAACUGGAAAUGUCGUAGUUGUUAAUAUAAACUAUCGUGUUGGACCAUUUGGAUAUCUCUUCAUGGAUCAUGAAGAUGCUCCUGGAAACAUGGGAAUGUUAGAUCAGCAAUUGGCUCUCUACUGGAUAAGAGAUAAUAUAUUUAGCUUCGGUGGAAACCCUUCACGUAUCACACUUUUCGGAGAAAGUGCUGGUGCUGCAAGUAUUGUUGCUCAUCUUAUCGCUCCUUCAUCACAGGGUCUUUUCAAGAAUGGAAUUCUCCAAUCUGGCAGUCUGGAUAACAAAUGGUCAAUGGAUUCACCAGCAAGAGCUAUGGAUAAGGGUAAUCAGCUGGCCGUUUUGACAAAUUGCAAUAAGACUGAGGUUUCUGAAACUAUUGCUUGUAUGCGCGAACUCCCAGCAGAGGAGUUGAGCAGCAACAUCUGGUCAUUAGACUUGACGUUUUUGGAAUUCCCAUUUGUGAUUGUAUCAAGAGAUCGUCACUUUUUCCGUGAUCGCGAUGGCUUCACGUCUCUUCGCAGCGGUCAUUAUGCUACAAAUGUCGAUUUGAUGUUCGGAAUAAAUCACGAUGAAGGAAACUUUUGGAAUAUUUACAAUUUGCCAGAUUUCUUUGAUAAACAAACACAACCUUUAUUAUCCAAAGACGAUAUGAAUGUGUGUGUUGAAAAAGCUUUUGCAACGCAACCAACUUUAGUCCGAAAUGCAGCCAAGUUUGUCUAUUCUGAUCCCAACUGUACCAAUCCACACGAGAAAACUCAAUUCUAUGCUGAACAGGUUAAUCAAAUGGUUGGAGAUUAUUUCUUCACUUGUGACUCAAUAUGGUUCGCAGAUGAAGUUCCAAAACAAAACGGACACACAGGAAAAGUCUUUGUAUACUAUUUCGAUGAGCCAUCUAGUGCGAACCCAUGGCCCAAAUGGACUGGAGUUAUGCAUGGAUAUGAAAUUGAGUUCGUGUUUGGCGUUCCUCUGUACAAUCAGACAGCCGGGUAUACAAAAAGAGAAAGAACUUUGGCUGAGAAAGUAAUUCAAUAUUGGACAUCUUUUGCCAACACCGGAAUCCCAACGCUAAGAGAAGAGAAAUCAACAGAUAUAUGGCCAGAGUACGAUGGUAUUGACAACACAAGAUGGAUGUUACUGAAAGGUGGUUCACUGAUGAAGCCAAUAAAUCGAAGUAAAACUAUUGAAUGUGAUUUAUGGAGAAGAGCGAAAGAUAUUGAAUAUAGGAAAUAUGUUGAAGAAAUAACUUCGUCAUCCAGUUUGAUAUCAAUAUUAUCAAUCGUACCCAUCCUGCUAUUAAGCUGGUGA